AUGCCACUCCAACCCUCCGAAUACCUCUCCUCCGUGUGGAAGCCCGACCUCUUCCGGGACAAGGUCGUUUUUUGCACCGGCGGAAACGGCUCCAUAUGCAGUGCCCAGGUCCGCGCACUGGUGCACCUGGGCGCGAACGCGUGCAUUGUCGGACGAAAUAAAGAAAAGACCGAAACGGUUGCCAGAGAUAUAGAGACGGCACGACCGGGGAGUAAAGUACUAGGCAUCGGGAACAUAGACGUGCGGAGCGUGGAGAGCCUGCAGAAGUCGGUGGACGAAUGUGUGAGGGUAUUCGGCGGGAUUGAUUUCUUGAUCGCAGGUGCAGCCGGCAACUUCCUGGCGCCUCUCGCCCAAAUGUCCACCAAUGCCUUCAAAUCCGUCAUGGACAUCGACAUCCUCGGGUCCUACAACAUCACGAAACUCUGCCUCCCGCAUCUCGUCGCCUCGGUCAAGAAACACAAUGCCACGUCUACGCUUCCCAAAUCAGCCUCGGAAACGUCCGGUCCAGGAGGCCGUAUCAUCUACGUUAGCGCAACGAUUCACUAUACGGGCCUGCCGCUGCAGACGCAUGUGUCGGUCGCUAAAGCUGGUGUUGAUGCCCUCAGCGCAAACGUGGCGAUCGAGUACGGGCCCUUGGGCGUGACUUCCAACAUCAUCGCACCUGGGCCCAUUGCAGGAACAGAAGGGAUGGAUCGCCUGUCAAAGAAACACAAAGCGGGAGGUUCGUCGCAACCUGGAAAGCGCAUCCCAGUCGGACGCUGGGGUUCGAUCAAAGAAAUUGCCGAUGCGACGGUGUUCUUGUUCAGUGAUGCUGCCAACUACGUCAAUGGCGAUAGGCUGGUGGUCGACGGCGGUGCGUGGCAUGUCAAUGCCGGGUCGCCUGGUGGGGACUUUGAAUAUCCCGACUUCAUUCUUAGCGGGGCCGAGGUCGAUGGUGUUGGGGGGAUGAAGAAAAAGAAGGAGGGUGCGAAGCUGUGA